ACGGCAUCACAACCCGUCCAUCUGUCCAGCCGCUGACAUCCUGUCCCCCAGAUUUCUUUCAGAGUGCAAGCACCAUGCAGCUGAAGAAAUGGCUUCUCGUCGCCCUGGUGGCCGUGGUCCUGCAGGAGGCGUCGCCAAUUAUUCUCCUGGGGUCCGCGGCGGCGACGGCAGCGGCUGCCACGGCGGCAGCGUCAGCAGCGGCAGCGUCAGCAGCGGCGGCCGUGUCGGCAGCGGCGGCUACAAAGGCACUAGCACUGACAGCAAUCGCCUCCAAGCCUGUUCUUGAGGUGGUUGGCGGCACCACUCUUCUCCUAGGCACAGCCGGACUUGUCGGUAAAGCUGCCGUCGGUAAAGUUGUCGGGGUUAAAUCGACUCUCAAAAGGCCUACUGUCGUCGUGACGCCUACUGUCCAAAAGACUUUAUAUCGAUACGGACGCUCAGCCCCGACCGUCGAGGAGGAACCAGUCGCUGAGGACUUCUCUGUCAACGCCAUAGACAUCUUGUUCUCGGCGGCGGAGACUCUGGACACCAAGACCAACUGUGGUCUGCGUGUGGUGUGCGAACUGGCAGCCACUCCGGUCCAACAGCUGGCUCCUGACGAGGCUCUGCUCAUGUCCCUCUUCGGCGACCAUCCCGGCCUCGUCCCCGACCAGAUCAACAGUCCGGUCAUGCCCUUCCAACUGGCCGCCUUCCUGGGCAACCAGUCCGGGUCUACCGCCGCCUGCGCCAGCGCCUAUCACAAGUGCCACUUCAACUCUACCCAAAUCAUGAACAUGAUUCGACAAAGCGAUCCUCACCAACUUUAACCUGUACUUAAACUCUCACUCUCCACCUCAUUAAUGUAUAAAAUGUACAGUGUUAA